AUGGCGUCUCCACCCCAGUCCUACGAGACGGACUGGGAGCGUCUCAACGCCAAAUCAUGGGAACUGCCUAACUACGGCCCCGGUCCAGACUUUGGCCGGGGGACCGUCUACCGUCAGGACGAUGACGAGUACGCGGAUAAUAGAGGUCCCGAUUAUGAUGAUGAGGAUGGCCUCGAGGAUACGAACUAUGCCUCCCCUCCAGUUGAUUAUCCGCCGCACCCCUCAACUUCUACAGUGCUUGUAACUGGUCGCUCCCUCUCAAGUGUACCUCCUGUGCCAACACCGUCGCCGAUUGCAAACCAAACCGCCUUUCCAGUCCAAGGAGUUAUUACUGGAGCCAGACCAGGUCGAGCUCAGGCACCAGAGGGGCCAAUCUUCAACGAGCGUGGGCCUAAUUCUAGCAGUUUCAAUACAUUCGCAAGACAGCCGCAUUAUGCGACACGUAAUCUUAAAUCGGGUCAACGUACCCCUCUCAGGGGGGCUCAUGCUGACACACCGCGAGCACGGUUUCAGUCAAAAAAAGGCGGUUCAACUCCUUCGCAACACAGAGCUAGGAAUUCACCUAUCACACCGGGACCUAUUGCAGCAGGAUCUGCCGCACCAGGGCAAAAUGACUCUCAUUCCAAGGCAAAGUGGCGCAAGGGAUUUUCUCCAGAUGGUAAGUGUGCUCACAUCGACCUCAAGCCCACAAUUAACGGCCAUAUAGCUUCUUAUCGUUUACCUUACGAGUGUCAAGUGUUCCAAGAAAAAAUUAAACAAGUAACUUCAGGAGAAGCUUCCAAUAUCGACUUUCGCCAGAGGAUUAUCGAGGAGACAGGUGCCUAUGUGAGGAUGAGCGCGGGAAAUGCUAAACUGGUUCACAUCUGGGGCCGACAAAAACAGGUUUUGGCAGCCCAGAAUCUGCUCCAGGAUAUGUUGAAUCGGUUAAUGCAGCAGAGGACUUCGGCUAGGGCAUCAUCGCGUUGGACCAAGAUACACGCGCAUUCAAAUACGAAGGUUGCCCAUGCCCGGACGCGGGAAAGCCACGAGGAAAGAUUGGCCGAGAUGCGAAAGCCACCGAGAAUUGCUACGGAUUACACGCUUGGUUUCCUGUGGCCCUCGGAUGGCCCGUCACUGAACUACUUUAUUACUGGCCGGCGCGAGCUCCUCGAUUUCAUUCGCUUGAAAUAUGACGUGAACAUCUACAUCAAGCCUGGUAUCCCGGACUACCUUUUCAUGUCUGGAAAUAAUGAGCGGGAUAUGUGCAUCAUUGCAUCUCGAUUUCGAGAGCUGUGGGAGAGGCUAAUGGUCCAGCACGAGACCGAAAUCAAGCUGUUCCUUGUUGCGGCGCCUCGCGUAGAGCUUAUGAGAACUCACGUCAUCCUACAAAAGUCUGGUCGGCUCUCGAGACCUGUUAUCUGUGGGCCGGAACUGGCCCCGGACGUAGCCGCGACCUGGAAGGCCACUGCGGAUGAGAUCAAGCUCAGCAACAAGAACAUUGUCACCACGCGCCUUAGGAAAGCGCUGCAUGUGAUUCCUCAGUUUCGGGGAUUCCUGCAAAUGCGAGCAAAGUUCGGUUCGUUCGCAUUGCAACAGUGGCGGAAGCCGAAAGAUGGCACUUCUUAUGAGUUCUCAGAGUUUCGCGAGAUGCUUACCCAUAUGAACACCGAAGGACGUUUGCUUCCGGGAAUCCGGUUGCGGCAAGAAGAGAUCUUCGACCGAAUCAUGGAAUCAACCUUCCUCAAGCCCUGGGGUAAAGCCAAGAUCAAGUCUCUGUUGAGCCUGAUGCCUAGAUAUUCCGCCAACUUUGAGUACCAAGUGAACAAUGACUCGGUGAUUCGCGUGGAAGCGAAAUUCUCUCUUCCUGUUGGCUCACAGGAGUUUGAAGUCAACGGACUCCGUUGUUUCAAAUCAAAGCAGAUCGGUGCUCCUGUUGAUCGUCAGAUGCCAAUGCAAAUCAGCAUGAUUGACUUUGAAAGGUCCGACUGGCAACUUGAAGUGAAGGCUCUUGAACUCUGCCCCGAAAAUGAGAAACCCCCCGAGCUAGACAAAUUUAUGCGUUCUAUUGGUUUCCAAUGGAACCCAAAUGCAAAGAGCAUUGGAUCUGCCCCCCAGCGCAAGGCCAGGUUCUCCUAUGGUACCCCAGUCAAGCGCUUCGUCGAAAAGGCCACAAUUGAGCUCCAAGUCAAAGACUCGCCCCAUGUAUUCGAGCUCGCCCGCUUCGACGAGUACACGUACGCGGCUGGUCACUGGUCGAUGGACCCGAAAGUGUCCUGGGGUGCAUCAUUGUUUAAUCCUAAUUGGGAUGACAUCCUAGGUGAACAGGCUGAUAUCAAGGUUCUCGAUAUUUCCAAAGAUGGGUGUCUGUCCGUCUUCUUUCCACCACCGGGGGACGGUCAGGAACAGACGGAAAAGCAGAAAACCGAGGAUGAGCUCCGCAAGGAGGCCGAAAUCCGAAAGAUGGACGAGGAGAAGCAGCUGGGGCUUUUCAUGAGCACUGUCCAGCAGAUUGCGCGGAUGCUGGGGAAUCCAGGUGCUGAGAUGCCUGAUACUAUUGAGACAGAUCUUGGAAGUCUGUUCUAG